CAAUAUAAAGCCAGAAAAUACUGAAAACAAAAAUUAGUGAAAAAGAACGCAGAACAGACGCAGAGAUGGCCGGUACUGCAGCAGCCGCCGGAGGCGGCGGAGGAGGGAAGGUCUCCUUCAAGGUCACUCUCACCUCCGAUCCUAAGCUCCCCUUCAAAGUGUUCAGCGUCCCGGAGGGAGCUCCGUUCACCGCCGUCCUCAAAUUCGCCGCCGAAGAAUUCAAAGUGCCUCCUCAAACCAGCGCCAUCAUCACCAACGAUGGAGUAGGCAUUAACCCUCAGCAAAGUGCCGGUAAUGUCUUCCUGAAACAUGGUUCAGAGCUGCGCCUGAUCCCUCGUGAUAGGGUUGGAGCAUGCCGAUCGCCAUCGGUGUGAGCAUGUUUCUAGUUACUCUUACCUGUAACUUGACAUGCUAUUGUCCUUGGAUACUUCUUCCUACUAAAACUCUCCAUGAUCGAUCUACUACUGUUGGCAUCAAACAAGUUAAAAUUGUUGUGUGAAUUACAGAUGAGAAACAAUAAAGAUUGAAGGGUGGAGAGAAAUGGGCUGUUGCUCUUUU